AUGUCGGGCCUGGGAGGUGACUUUGGUCGCCGCUUUGCCCGUGAGACAUGGUCUCUUUAUGCAGUUGGCGUCUUGGGUGUUUUCCUUCGAUUUACUGCACGUGUUCGCCGAUUAGGAGUUCGGAACCUCCAAGCCGAUGACUUCUUGAUGGUUAACGCCCUCAUCUGGUACACAAUCUUAUGCGUUGCACUCAACCAAGUCGCCUCUGGAGGGGGUUCGAAUUUGAUGACGGAAGAAGAGAAAAAAACAUUGACCCCUGGUAUCCACACCGAACGAGUGCGUGGGAGCAAAUGGGUUUUCGUGUCGGAGCAUGCCUUUAUCCUCAACGUCUGGAGCUUAAAGUGUUGUAUGCUGGUGAUAUACGCUCGUAUCACAGAAGGGCUCAAGCAAAGACGGUGGAUUAAUUAUCUUGCUGUCUACGUCGCUGUUGGAUUUGUCGGAACUGAACUGUCAUUAUUCCUCAUCUGCCGCCCACUCUCGAACUACUGGGCCGUUCCAACACCAAACUACCAAUGCUCGUCUUAUCAGUACUACGAAAUCGUUCAGGGCUGCUUGUCCAUCUCGGCCGACAUCUUCAUGCUUUUGAUCGCCAUUCCAAUGCUUGUCCAAGUCCGCGUGCCAAUGAAGCAGAAAAUGAUUCUUCUCGUCCUCUUCGGCAUGGGAAUCUUCGUCAUUGUCGCCGCCAUUCUGAACAAGGUGUACUGCCUGGUCCCUUGGCUGAUCUCUUACGUCUACAUGAACUGGUACUUCCGAGAAGCCACCGUAGCGAUUCUGGUGACCAACCUUCCGCUGAUCUGGUCGCUUAUGCGCGACGUGUUCCCGGCACUAAAGAGCUGGACGGGUGGCUCGAAGCGUGGCACUGAUCGGUAUAAGUCGGGCCCGUGGACUAGCAACAAGGGGUCGGGUCUGCCUUCAUACGGAGCGAACACUCAGCUUCGGUCUGGCGACUUCGGAAUGCAGGACUUCCACGGUGCCUCUAUCUCGCCGCAAUCACCGCAGAAGGCAACUGUGUCCGAUGUCAGUCUGGCGCCCAGCGAGGAGCACUCUAUCAGCGACGAUGGAUCGUCGCGCGCUCUGCGCAUCCAACAGGACAUUACGAUUACUGUCCAACACGACACAAGGCCGGAGCGCUUCGAGCCCAGUACUGCGCAUGCUGCUCGUGGAGAUGAGGCUGUGUAA